AAUUCCCUGAAGUAACAUGAAAACGGAAAUAUGUGGGACAAUGAAAGAAACACAAGCCAGGUAGCCAAUCGUAGGAAAUGAGGCGGGGUCCGGUGGAGAUAGGCUUGCCGGGGAGCAUCGGGAAGACGUCGCAGUUAAAUCCAGCGUCCUCUCUCCAGGUGGCUCCAGGCCGCUCCUGCUGGAGUCUGUUUGCCUAAGGUGGGGCCACACCUGCUGUGUUCCUAGCAGGAAGAGCCUGAGGGGAGGAAGCGAGCAGAGGUCAGCUCUCCUGCACUACUGGCCGCCUCUUUCCCCGGAGACCUCCACUCUCCUCCGACCUCUGCAUCCCAGAGCUGCGGCUGCCAAGGGGGCCGGAGGGACCGGCCAGCCCUAGCCCUGCUCCCUGCAGGAACGCGGCUGGCAACGCCCCAUCAGACACCCGGGUCUAGGAAACAGGAGGAAAAGACCUUCAGCCCCUUCUAAGGAGAAUCAUGGCAUACAACCAGGAUCCUCCGGCUGAGACCCCCGUCAUCAAGUUCAAGGGCCAAGACUUCAGCUUCUUGCGGGAUUACUGCCUAAGCAGAGGCCUGCUAUUUGAGGAUGAGACAUUCCCUGCUGAGACUUCCUCCAUAGGUCUGGGGCUUCUCAAGGGCCACAACCUCUCCCACCUGAAGUGGAAGCGGCCACAGGAUAUAUUAGAGGGUAGAUCUGAGCCUCAUUUCAUCCUGGAAGGUGUGAGCAGAUUUGACAUCCGACAAGGAAAAGCAGCGGAUUGCUGGUUCCUGGCGGCACUGGGCUCCUUGACACAGAGCCCACAGCAUCUGCAGAAGAUCCUGAUAGACCAAAGCUUUUCACACCAGUACGCAGGGAUUUUCCGUUUCCGGUUCUGGCGGUGUGGCCAGUGGGUGGAAGUGGUAGUUGAUGAUCGCCUCCCUGUCCUGAACAAGGAGUACCUGUUUGUGUAUCCUCGCAGCAACCAAGAGUUCUGGCCCUGCUUGCUGGAGAAAGCCUACGCCAAGUUCCACGGGUCCUUUCUCAACCUGCACUACGGCUACCUCCCUGACGCCCUGGUGGACCUCACGGGAGGGGUGGUCACCAGCGUUGACCUGCACUCCUCCUCUUCUGACCUGGUGAUGGUGGUGAAGACAGCGGCCAAGGCAGGCUCCCUGAUGACCUGCGCCACCCCGCCGGGGCUGACAGAAGAGGCCACGGUCCUGGAGAACGGCCUGGUGAAUAAGCACGCCUACACGGUGACCCAUGCGGAGCAGAUUCAGUACAGGAGGCGCUGGGAAGAUCUCAUUCGCCUGUGGAACCCCUGGGGCAAAACUGAAUGGAGAGGUCGCUGGAGAGAUGGGUCUCUGGAGUGGCAGGAAACCCACAGCCAGCGGAAAGGCCAGCUGCAUGAGAAUAAGGAUGAUGGCGAGUUUUGGAUGUCAUGUCGAGAUUUCCAAGAGAAUUUCUCCUCCCUGUUUAUAUGUAACCAAUUUCCAGUCAGCAUGGACCGUGGAAGCAUGCCCCCUGAAAGAUGGUCCCAAAUGAUGUUUAAGGACCAUGCCAUUCCAGGACAUCAGAGGGACAUGCAGUACUUCUUCUGUGCGUCAGAGAACAUGGAAAGCAACAAUGUCAUCGUGUCCUUCAACAUCAUGCCACGAAAUGUGAGGACAAAAAACAAGGAAUUUCCACUCACCUUCAAUGUGUUCAAGGUCGACCCUCAGUUCCAGCACUUCCGGGAGAGGCUGCCAUCUACCUUUUUUCACCAGUUCAGAAAUCCCAACAAGGGCAUAACUUCUCAAAGCAAUUACAACCUCACAAAGUACUUCAGUCUGACACAGGGGACCUAUGUGGUAGUCGUCUCUGCGCACAAAGCAGUGGAGUUCUUGCUCCGAAUCUUCCUGAAGAUGCCAGAGAGUGACAGGAACCUGGGCAGCAACUUCAACCUCAGAGCACUCAAGGGGCUGAACAUCGAUGCCAGCCAGCUUCAGAGCCUUCUCAACCAGGAACUGCUAACAGGGUCUCCAGGGGACACGUUCUCUUUGGAUGAGUGCCGGAGCAUCGUGGCACUGAUGGAACUGAAAGUGAACGGGCGUCUUGACCAGGAGGAGUUUUCAAGGCUGUGGAGCCGUCUCAUCUGCUGCCAGAGUGUUUUCCAGAACAUCCAGAAGCACUCUGGAGUUUUCCUGAGUUCAGAUUUGUGGAAGGCCAUAAAGGAUGCAGACUUCCUUGCAGGGAUCUCUGUCAACAAAGGGCUGCUGGACCUCAUGACCCUCAGAUACAGUGACCACACCGGAAGGGUCAGCUUCUCCAGCCUGGUCUGCUUUCUGUUGCGACUUGAAGCCAUGGCAAGGACUUUCCAGAACCUCUCUAAGGACGGAAAAGGACUCUACCUGACAAAAAUGGAGUGGAUGAAUCUGGUCAUGUACAACUGAAGCAGAGAGCAGAGCAGUCCCCAGAGGCCAGG